CGCAAUGUUUCCCUUUACUUCCCUUUUCUCCACCUAGCAAGCUCAUAUCUAAAAACAGUCAUCCUCCGUUGAGAGUCGGUCACAAUCGCGGUACUUUUUUUUUAUUGUCCUUGGCUUGACGAGUUGAGCGGACUUUGAUGAUACCUCUUUUAAAAACACUUUAGUUCACUUUCAUCAAACAUUUCGAGAAGAAAGGUUAAGUGACCAAAUAUAUGCGCUAAAAUCACCAGUAUUGAAAUCCAGAUAUAUGUAAGAAGUUUCAAGUAUCUCUCAACAGCUACAAAUGUACAAGUAUAUUGAACUGAUUUAAACAUCAACGCAUGUUGCCUAAUGAUAUGUCUAUUCACUUAGCAAACGGUUUUCAUGUCAGCAACUAUGCUGCACUAGCCGUUCUUAUGCAGAACUUCACACUGGACUGGCAAAAUUUCAGUCAUAAUGCUUCACUUUUUGAUGAAUUGGAUGAACCUCAACCAGACAUAUUCAGCAGCUUACCAGGACUAAAGGCAAUAUUUUAUGCAAUAUACAUAACCAUAUUUUCAGUUGGAAUUUGUGGCAAUGUCUUAGUAUGCUAUGUUGUGUUCCGUAACAAAUCCAUGCAAACAGUGACUAACUUUUUUAUUACUAACUUAGCGUUAUCUGACAUUUUAUUGUGCACAUUUGCUGUACCUUUCACACCACUUUAUAUGUUUAUGAGAGAAUGGGUCUUUGGCAGAAUUCUUUGUCACUUAGUGCCGUAUGCCCAAGGAGUUAGCGUGUACAUUUCAGCUUUCACACUGAUGUCAAUCGCCAUAGACCGAUUCUUUGUGAUAAUAUAUCCCUUCAAACCAAGGCUUCAAGUAACUUAUUGCUACAUCAUCAUCGUAUCAGUUUGGGUACUAGCUGGAUUACUAACCCUUCCAUACGGAAUUUUCAUGGAUUUGGUACCUACGGAAAGUGGAGAAUUAUACUGCGACGAAGUAUGGCCUCAUGAAUCUAGCAGAAAGGCAUUCGGAUUUUCGACAUCAAUACUUCAAUUCGUAGUUCCAUUCAUCAUCAUCACAUUUUGCUACAUGAAGGUUUGCAUAAAGCUCAAGAUGCGGGCAAGGUCUAAACCUGGUGCAAAAUCGGCAAAAAAGGAAGAAAUGGAAAGGGAACGUACCAGACGUACAAACAGGAUGCUUAUUACCAUGGUUGUCAUAUUCGGUGCUUCCUGGCUUCCCAUAAAUACGUACAAUCUAAUUAUAGACUUCUACAUUCCAGCUUCUACAUGGCCCUUUCUGAACGUCAUCUUCUUUAUUUCUCAUGCUGCAGCUAUGAGCUCUACUUGCUACAAUCCUUUCCUGUACGCUUGGCUCAAUGAAAACUUCAGGAAAGAGUUUAUGAUAGUACUUCCAUGCUUUAAGGCAAAUGGCUCCGGACAAAAUCCUGCGUCAAGAAGAGUGGUAAGCGGAAAAGCAGACAAAUCAUGCAAUGGGCAUGAAAAUGUGACCUUGCUUCCAAUGAAAGAAAUACCCGUGAAAGAAAAAAAGUUGCAAAAGGAUCGCGUUGCAGCAACUAAAACAAAUACAUCCUUUACAGACACUGUGAGGAUAAACGUUACCAGCAAUGACAUAGAUGUAAUGUAAUGGGUAACUUCUCAAAAAACAAAGCUCAAAUAUUAUUUAUUCCGAAAAUAGAAAAAAAAAAUGUAGUAAAAAUCAUUGAAAAAAUGAAAUACCCGAUUUUUAAUAAGGACAUUGAACAGACCUUAGAAAACAACACAUUUUGAAAAACAUGUCGUAUAUAUAUAAUGGAAAAUGGUAAGUUUUGUUCAAAACAAAUUCACUUUGUUACUUAAUCGUUUUUUAAAUAAACAUCUUUGAUAAAUUUGCGAUUCAGAUGUUUUCGUGUCAAUGUGGCGUGCACAACUCAUAUGGUGAAACAGUGCUUUCAAUUUGUGCACCAUAGAAUUAAUUGUUGUAUUUUGCAUGGUUUGGAUCUUAAUUAAUAUUUUAUCUGAGUAAAAUGCGAAAAAUGUUUAUUUAUUUUUUUAAUGAUCAAAUGAAAGUAACAGAAACUACAUCAUAGUUUAAUAAUAGAACGAAAACUUAAUAAAGAAAACUACAUCACGGAUACGAAAUUUUGAUGAAAUAAAAAGUAAGUGAUCAAUCAAAAAAACAAACCUUAUUCUUUAAAGUCAGCUAAUUUUCCUCAAAAAUGUUCUAAAAUUGAAAUAAUCCUGUUUGACUUAAGACAAAAUGAAGAUUACUGGAAUACAUUAAUGUGCGGAUUUUUGAAAUUUAUUUAUCAUUAUAAACAAAAGAACCCAAUAUUGUUCUCGAAGGCAACAUAACAAAGAAGUUAUUUAUUCCCGUGAAAGAAAAAAAGCACUUCCAAUGAAUGAAAAGCACUUCAGGACCAACAAAUAUAUAUAAUAUUUUUUUUUAUUUAUGGAUUAACAUCGCAUGCUAGAAUUAACAAGAAUUCUUAACGUUAUAUCUUCCUUAUUUCAGAAUCAGUUCGUCAGAUGAAAAAGAGGUUUUGGCAGGUAGAAAUAGUGAUUGCUCAUUUAAACUAGAUUUGUAUUCCCUACAGGUUCGUAUAAUGGAGCUAGAUUUUCUUAUUAAACGCAUAAAUGCUUCACUGUGUGUAUGUUUAGACCAGAAGAUUUAAAUAGAAAUUUCUAUGGAGAAUCAAAAUAAUCAUAUACAUUGCAAUAUAUAUGCAUUGAUAUUUAUAUAAAAGAAAAAUAUUUUGUCACAAUGAUAAAAGUCGAUAUUUAUGAGCAAAACUUUGUAGAGUUAUCUGAAGAAUAUGUGGAAGUUUUUAGAAUAAACUAACCUAUGAGAUUUAAAGCGGUUAUUUUUAUUCUAUAAACAAUGGGGCUCUUUAUUCUUCAGAUCGAAAUCAGUGGAGGAACAUUAAGUUAUAAAAGUGUUAUAUUGGAUUAUUAAGAAACAAAAUAUUAAUUUGUUUUUGAAUUUUUAAUUUCUUGCCCUUUUUUUAGAAUAAAUGUCUGCAGUAUGUGAAUAUUUUUUUCCAUUUUCAGCAAAACUAUGUUGUUUAGUGCAGUUGUAUUUCAAAAAAGAAUAAACAAUAUUAUAUGUGCUAUUACAUUACUAAUUUCAA